AUGUCCGACAUCAGGGUGAAGUUGGAGCAGAUGGACUCGGCCGAGAAAAUCGGUCGAGUUGUGCGCCGGGGAUUGAAAGAUGCCGAAGUGCAUCCUGCUCCUCGGGCCAGCGAGACACAGUGCAUGGAGACCCAAGCAACGAUGGCGACGCAGGCUGACAACGAUUACAUGGAAAUGGAUCUCGAAGAUCUCAUGGAUGAAGCGGAAAUGAAGGAGAUUUCAGAAGAUGCCCAGGUUGAUCCACUCAAGAAAGUCGAAAUGAUUUUCGAGAUCGAAGAAGCAAGAAAGAAGCGACGAAUGGAGGAAGAGGAAUUCCUGCGGAACCGUGUGGUUUCCUUGAAGAAACAAAUGGAGGAACAAGAUGAGAAAGCCACAGCGAAGGCGGAAGAACAAAGGCUGAAUGAGGAGAUCCGAAAGAAGGAGGAGGAGGAAGCCAAACGGAAGGAAGAAACACAAAGGCUCAACGAUGAGCUCAACGAGGAGAUCCGCAUGGGGAUGGAGGAAAGCAGGCGUAGGGAAGAAGAAAACCGCCUGAGGGAUGAGAUCCGGAAGAAGCAGGAAGCCAUGGAGGCAGAAGAAACAAAACUGAAAGAGGAGAUUCGACAGAAGGAGGAAGCCAUGCGAAAGGCAGAGGAGCUGAAGGAGAUCCGCAAGAAAGAGGAGGAGGAAGCCAGGCGGAAGGAAGAAGAAAUGCUGAAGGAGAAGAUCCGCCAGAAAGAGGAGGAAGCCAAGAUGAAGGCAGAAGAAGAAAGGCUGAACGAGGAGAUCCGACAGAAGGAGGAAGCCAUGCGGAAGGCAGAGGAGCUGAAUGAAGAGAUGCGCAAGAAAGAGGAGGAGGAUGCCAGGCGGAAGGAAGAAGAAAGGCUGAAGGAGGAGAUCCGCCAGAAAGAGGAGGAUGCAAAGCGGAAGGCAAAAGAAGAAGAAAAGAUGAAAGAGGAAAUCCGCAGGACCAAGGAGCAGGAAGCGAAACGGAUCGCAGACGAACAGAAGAUUAAGGAUGAGGAGUUCAUGCAACGCAGAGCUGCUUUGGAACGACAGUUGGAGGAUCUGCGUAAGAAGGAAGAAUCCAUGAGGAUGAAUAAAGCUGAGGAGGAUGAGGAGGAAUGCAAGAGACGCAAGGAAGAAGAAACGAAGAGAAUGGAGGAGAUGCAGAAAAAGGAGGAGGAAGACAACAGGCGCUGGGAAGAGAUCAUGAAGCAAGAUCAGGAAAACCUCAGGCUUAAGAAGGAAGCAAAGGAAAAGGCCGAAGAAGAGAUUAGGAAAAAAGAGGAGGAGGAAGCCAGGCGCAAGGAGGAAGAAAAAAAGGCCAAAGAUGAGAUCAGGAAAAAAGAGGAGGAGGAAACCAGGCGCAAGGAGGCAGAAGAAAAGGCCCAAGAAGAGAUCAGGAAAAAAGAGGAGGAGGAAGCCAAGCGGAAGGAGGAAGCAGAAAAGGCCCAAGAAGAGAUCAGGAAAAAAGAGGAGGAGGAGGAGGAAGCCAGGCGGAAGGAGGAAGCAGAAAACACAAGACAAAGACUCCGGAAGGAGAGGGAUGACUUGGAACGGCAGCUCGUGAUGCUCCAGAAGGAUCAGGAAGUCAAGUGCAAGGAGGGCCCAGAAAACACCAAGGAUGAGACCAGGAAAAAAGAGGAGGAAGAAGCCAAUCGCAAGGAGGAAGCAAAGGCCAAAGAGGAGAUGAGAAAAAAAGAGGAGGAGGAGGAGGAGGAAGCCAGGCUCAAGAAAGAAAAUGAAAAGGCCAAAGAGAAGAGAUACGAAGACGAACGGGAGCGACUUCUGCUGGAGCUGGAUCGACUGAAAGCGGAGAAGCAAGCACGUCAGGAGGAAAUUCAGCGAAAACUGAAUCUACAGUCCAAGAUGGAUUCAGAAACUGUGCAAGAAGCGAUGGCGAAAGUCAGGGAGCAGCUCGACAAGCAAGCGGAGGACAAGAAAAAAAUGGAUGAGCUCGCCCGGCUGCGUCAGCAGUCACAGGCCCUGAGGUCCAGAGUGGAUGACGAGGACGAAGUGAAGAAACAGUUGGGAUGGACCAAAGUGAAGGAGGAGAAAACCGAGGAGCCCUCGUGUGAAGAGAAGAAGGAUGAGAAGAAGGAUGAGAAGAAAGAGGAAGAAGCAAAAAAAACUGUGGAUCGGAAGCCGGCUUCCGAAGAGCCGCCGGUGCAAAAGCCUGCGUGCAACAGACGCCAGAGCGCGAUGCUUCUGAAUCGCCUGAGGAAGAAUCCGAAAAGGCAGGAAGCCCUGCCCGCUUCCCUGAGAGAGAAGCUUGCAAAAGAGGAUGACGACUCCGUUUCGGACUUGAUCAGUGAGCUCAUGGAGCAUGGGGGCGACUUGCAGGAGCUGUGCAGCAGCUACGAGCGGCAAGUCGUGAAGGAGGUCAGCAGCCAGGAGCUGACGAAUUCAGCUCCCUACACGGAGCUGGAACUGAUCCAGAAAUACGGAGAGCGGGCGAAAGAUGUCAUGAAAGAGAAGGAAGCCAGUGGAGAUUGGGCCGAAGAUCCAAACCUCCGAGGCUCCAAGAUCUUCUACCUUUCCAAGACUGAGAGGACCACAUGA